AUGGUUGCCACGGGGACAGAGUUGGGAGUAGUUGCUGGUCCUCUUGAUAUUCUUUGCCUGACUGGAGCUUCUGUUCGAGAGAACAUUAUUGAGGAAACCAUCCACUCUCUCCUGAAUGAAGUGAGCAGGAGGGAACUUCAUCUUCUGUUAAGUAGAGAUGAAGAGUGGGAACAAUUUGUGACCGAUGCUGAGUUAACCAGAGAUGAGUCAGAGGCAGUUCGUGAAGGUCUAAAGAAACAUGGAAAGCUCACGGCCAUGGAAGUCAAAGAGAUGCACCAAGAAGAGAAGGAGUUCAGGGAGAAGUUUCUGAGGUUAUAUUCUCAGGUGAAAGGGGAUGUUGAAGAGCACAUAAAACAGCUCCAUGCGCUUGCAGAGAAGGCUGACGAAGUCCACAAGAACUGUACCAUUGCUAAUGUAGUAGCAGACUCCACUGGCAUCGUAUCCAGCAUCUUGUGUAUUGCGGCCAUAGGUCUUGCCCCAUUUACAGGAGGGCUCAGUUUAGUAGUUUCAGGAACUGGUUUAGCAAUAGGGUCAGCGGCUACUGUCACAGCUGUGACCUCCAGCAUCGUGGAGCACAGUUAUAUGUCAUCCAUAGAAGCUGAGGCCAAGAACUUGGAAUCAACUGGAAACAAUUUACAUCUGCUCUGGAAAGUUUUAGGUGAUAGCAAAGAAAGAAUCUCUUCUUUAGUAAAUAAUUUUAAGGUUGUGAGACAAAUAGCAAAGCAUGUUCGUGCCAUUAGGUUGGCCAAACUUGGCCCAAAGGCUCAGAGUUCUAAUCUCUUCAGCAAAGUGUUUGAAGGCGCUGCUAGGACAAUGACCGAGGGAUCCCGUAUCAUUGGUGGGGUCGCCACAGGUUUAGCAAUUCUGGUGGAUGUAUACUGUCUAGUUCAAGACUCAAAGGAUUUACAUGAGGGGGGGAAAUCACAGUCUGGUGCGAUGCUGAGGCAGCGGGCUCAGGAGCUGGAAAAUAUGUUGGUGGGACUCCAACAGUUCUAUGAGAAGCUGCAAGAGUCUGUCAAGGACACCAUCCUCUACAGCCCAAAAAGAGUGAACCAGAAGGGUCUGCAUCAUCGGUUGAGAGAAGAUGGAGGGGGGAAGCAAUUUUAUGCUGAUACCGAGUCAAUCAAGCAACAAUAA